AUGGAUCGAAAGAAUAAAUCGUUGUCGCAACAUGUUGAGUUGACUAAUGCUGCUUUGUUUAAAAACAAUGAACCUAUAGCAGUUGAAUCCAUCAAUAAAAAUCAACCUACAGUGUCAAAACCUGUUUGUUUAUCUAACAAGACCCUCCAUAGUAGUGCUGGUGAUGAUAAUGCUAUAUCAUCACUAAAUGCUCAAUUAGGAACAGAAACUGUUGAUUUACGUCUUAAUACAACAAGACAAUAUCUUCAUCUUUAUGCAGGACUUAUUCGUAACUGGGCAAACCAAUGGAAAGCCAAUAGAAAGUUAAUAAUGUCAAAGCAUGGCAAGCAUGCUAAAAUAAAAUCUCUUACACAUAACAAACAAUUCCGAUUAAGCAUUGAACAGUAUUUGGAAGAAAAUAAGUUCAGCUUAAGUAUUCCAAAUUUUAUAAAUUACAUAGAAAACAUUACUAUUCCUGCUUUCAGAAUUAUAGAAAGAACAACUAUUAGUAGAUCGACUGCAUGUAGAUGGCUAAACUUACUUGGAUGGAAAUAUAAAGGACAUUCAAAAACUAUUUAUUUUGAUGGUCAUGAACGUGAAAAUUUAGAACAUGCUAUUUUGCCAAGACUUUCUUAUGGUGUUCGUGAAAUAGUUCUUGUUACUCAUGAUAAGACACCAUUUUAUGCCAACAACAGUAUGCACAAGGUUUGGGGUCCAAAGGAUGAAAGCAUGCUUCAUAACAAGUCACAAGAACUUAGCAUGCAUGUCAGCAAUUUCAUCUGUCAGUCAAUUGAACGUCUCAAACUUUCAGAAUAUGAACGUCGUAUAAACGAUCUACUUCCUGAUGAUUCGCAUCUUAAACUUAAACAUACCAAAACCUGUGUUAUAAUCUAUCCAGGUUCAAAUUGGGAUGCACUAUUUAUGUUUGAUAAUCGUAGCAAUCAUGGAGCAUUUGCUAAUAAUGCUCUAAUGGUCUCACAAAUGAACAUGAGUGAUGGUACUAAAAUGCCACUUCUUCAUAAUAAUACCAAGCCAGAUGGUUCUAUACAUGUGAUGACAUAUAUAGAUGACAAAGAUGUGGUAAGACCUAAAGAUAUUCGACGAGUACUCGAGGAAUCUGAUCUGAAAAAUCCAAAAUGUUGUGCCACAUGCAUUCUUGCUGCUCAACCUAAUUUUGCAUCACAGCAAUCACGUAUACGAGAGGUAAUUGAAGCAGCCGAUCACAUGUGCAUCUUUUACCCUAAGUUCCAUUGUGAACUUAAUUAUAUUGAAUCUUUUUGGGCUGAAGCAAAACACAUUGCAAAACUUAAUUGUGAUUACACCUUUAGGAGCCUCAAAAGAGCUGUUCUAAGAGCACUAAACUCUGUUGAUAUAAUAAAGAUUCGUCACUUUGCUCAUUGUUCUGAAUGCUUCAUGAGUGCCUAUAAACUUGGACUUUCUGGAAAGGCUGCUGCCUUUGCAGUAAAGAAAUAUCAUUCUCAUCGUCGAAUUCCAGAAAAAGUUCUUAAAGAAUUUGCACAUGACUAG